CAUCAAUGGAUUAACAUGUAUUUGGACUUAGUACUAUGACCCUUUGUAUAUAAAUAUGAAACUGCGCAAACAACUUUAGAGUUAGUAAAAAUUUAUCAGCGCAACUGUCCACAUUGUUGGACCUGGACAAUAAUCAUGGAAUUACGUUUAGCCGUGAUUAGUGUCUUAGUGGCCAGUGCUUUAUCAGGACCUGUAAAGAAUCUCAAUUCAAACACACAAUGUGCCGCUCAAUGUACAAGUAAAAACAAAUUUGGUUACCGUGUUGGUACUAUAUAUGAAUACUCAUAUGAAGCAGAAACAAAAACUGGUAUACAAGGUUCCACAGAGGAACAGGGUGGCAUUAAAAUUACUGCUACAGCUGAAAUAGAAAUUUUAUCAAAAUGUGAAUUUCUUCUUACAGUAAAAAAUUCCAACGUUCUUGGAUCUGACCCUGACUACCCACGUCAAUUCAAACAACAUCCUCAAAGAAGUGAAUUCCAGACAGAAUUAGAAGGUAAUUCCUUGCGAUUUUCAUUCCAAGAUGGAAUUGUUGAGGAACUGUGUCCAGAGGAUGGUGAUUCUGAUUGGAGUCUUAACUUCAAACGAGGUAUACUGUCUGCUUUCCAGAACAGUAUGGACUCUCUGGACAUGGAUACAGAGGUUACAGAGACUGAUGUAUCUGGAAAGUGCCCAACAACAUACAGAGUUAAACAAGAAGGUUGGCGAACAGUGAAGGUGAAGAAAACAAAAGAUCUUGUUAGCUGCUCAAAUAGACAUGGUUUCCAGACAUCUGCACAGGCCACAAUUUACAGUAUUCCGUCAAGUGUCCAGUCAUUACCAUUGCUAAAGAGCUCACAAGAAUGUGACCAAGAUAUCAGUACCGAAGGUCGUAUAGAAAGUACAGUCUGUCAUGAAAUACAUUUCUUCCGUCCAUUUUCUAAAGGAAAUAAUGGAGCCAUGACUGAAGUUAUUCAACACCUAAAAUUUGUAACCCAGAAACGUGGAGGACAACUUAUUACAGAUUCAGUAACUAAACGUGAAAGUAUGUUGUACCAUCACUACAAUACCGAAAUUAAAACUUCAAACAAGAAAGACGUAGCCAUAAAAAAAUUAACAGAACUAUGUACAUCUACUAAGGAUGGCAUUACAGCAGAAACACCAAAACUUUUCUCAGAACUUGUAUAUGCCUUGAAGGAACUGAACAGUAAUGAUCUCACUGAGGUAUAUGAACAGUCACAAAUAGAUUCCUUCUGUAUUGACAAUAGUGAGAGAGUCAAGAAAUUCUACAGUGAUGCUGUGCCUAUGAUUGGAACAACAGCUGCAGUAAAACAAAUUGCCAAAUUGAUCCUAAACAAUGAUAUUACUGGAAGAAUGGCCGAGAUAUGGUUGUCAUCUUUGUCUCUUAUUCAAAAUCCUUCUAAAGAAAUGCUAACAGAAAUAUCUAAAUUAAUGGAUUUACCAGAAGGAACAAGAGUUUAUCUACCAGCUUCUGUCAUGGUUAAUACUUAUUGUAAGGAGAACAAGAAUUGUGAAAGUAUUCCAGAAAUUGAAGCAAUAAUCAACAAACUACAACAAGCUGUUGGAAGUAGCUGUAUUGUUACAGAAAACAACUAUUUGGAGGUGAUAACCAGCUUGAGAGCAAUUGGUAACAUAGAAUAUGCUGACAGAUUGGUUUCCACAGUAAAUGCAUGUAUUCAGAAGAAAACCAAUGAGAUGGAAAUCCGUGUUGCAGCUGUAGAAGCAUAUAGAAGAAUGUCUUGUGGUGCUGAUAGAAAUAAUUUGAUGAUACUGUACAGAGAUGAUUCAGAAGAUUCAGAACUAAGGAUUACAGCCUACAUACAGAUGAUGAAGUGCCCAACAGACAACAUCUUAUCCCAGAUCAAGGAAACUCUUGCGAAUGAAGAAGUUAACCAGGUUGGGAGCUUUGUAUGGACACAUCUAACCAAUCUGAUGGAAACCUCAUUAGUUCACAAACAAAAUAUUCAAAGGAUUCUGGAGGAUGAGGUUCUAAAGAAAGAAUUUGACCUUGACAAGAGGAAGUUCUCCAGGAAUUAUGAAUGGUCUUAUUUCUCCGAAAGAAUGAAUGCUGGUGCUGGAUUGGAAAGUAACCUUGUAUGGUCACAAAAAUCUUUUGUCCCUAGAUCUGCUAUGGUUAACUUAACAGUUGACUUAUUUGGACAUUCUGUUAACUUGUUUGAGCUUGGAGGACGUGUAGAAGGGCUUGAGAAAAUCCUUAUAGAAAAUUUUGGACCAAAAGGAUCCUUUGGGGCUAAACAGGACCUGGCACCAGAACAGAAGUUGAGCAGAGAUGUUGAUUUCAACAAAGUUGGAAGAAUAAGUGAAAAACUGGACAAGACAGAAGAUGAGCUAAAAGGAUCAGUAUUUAUGAGAAUGUUUGGAAACGAGAUCAGUUACUACAACACAAAACAAUCCUCAGAUAACAACAUUGAAAGCAAACCAUUUAAUUUCCUGGAUUUGUUCAUGAACUUAGCCAAUGAACAAGAAUUUUCACAGAAAAUGUCAAAGAUGUUACUAGAUAGCUCCAUCAUAGUACCAACUGUUACUGGACUGCCACUUAACUUGAAGGUUAUUGCCACAUCAACUAUUGAUCUCAAUGCUAAAGGAAAAAUGGAUUUUAGAAGUCCAUCAAAAAGUAUUGUCUUGGAAGGAUCCAUAUCACCAAGUGGGGCUGUUGAAGUAUCAUCUACAAUGAGUAUUGAUGCAUUUGUUACAAAGAGUGGAUUAAAGAUGGUAUCCAACUUCCAUACAAGUACUGCUGUCACAGCCAAGUUUGAAUUAGACAAGAACCAAGAGUUGACAAUGCUGCUUGAUAUUCCAAAGGAAAAGUCAGAAAUCUUGCAAGUCAAGUCACAGUUCUUUAUUGUUCAUGCUGGAACAGAGAAGGAACAACAGAUGAUUGCCAAGGACAGAUUAACAAAGAGAUCGUGUUCUGGAGCAACCAUUGCCAGAGUGACUGGUGUAGAAUUCUGUAUUGAUAUGUCAUUACCAGGAGAUGUACAGAAAACUGAUGCUCCACACUUCCCAUUAACAGGACCAGCAAGAUUUGGACUAGAUGUAUUCAAAAGGGACACACAUACCAGUUACAAAUUUGAGUUCAAAAAUAUCAUGAACAAGAAAAAGGCUCAAGUUAUGAUGUUGUAUGAUACACCAGGAUCACAGGUUAUGAGGAAGACAGGUUUCAAUUUUGAAAUGGAUCAUGAAAAUCAAAAGAUGGAAAUGAGUAUGGUUUCACCUUGGAAAACUGCACAAUUUGAAGGUGAUCUUCAAAAUAAAGCAAAGAGGAAAAGGGUGCUUGCAACUGUAUCAGUUGAUUCUAAGAAGUUAUAUCAAGCAGAAGCAUUUGUAGCCAUAAUUGCAUCAAAAUCAGCCACAACUUAUAAACCAAAGAUAGAAAUCAUUAGACCAGAUCUAGAUCCUAUUGUUCUUGGUGGAGAUAUAGUCUACAGACCAGGAAAGGUCAUGACCUCUAAGCUUGUCCUCACUGGAGCAAUGGAAAAACCUGUAUCUUUAGACUUGAGUGUUAGAUUUACAAAAACCCAGUAUGGAAUGACUGCAACUAUCCUACAUAGCAAAGAUCAGAAAUACACUGCAGAUAUAAACCUCGAGAUGAAUGAAAAACCAAAAAGAAAGCUUUAUAAACCAAAAAUCAUAUUGGCUGUUCCAGGAAAAGAGUUCAUCAAUUUUUAUGGUACCAUUGACUUCAAUGAAAAGAAGGGAAAAGUUAUGCGUUAUGAUAUUAUACUUGACAAAGUACUCAAACAGCCUAUUAAACUUAAAGGUGAAUCCAGUAUUAUUGUAAAAGGUAGAAGAAAUAUUUAUAAAGGAAAAGUAUACUUUGUUGGCCCUCAGAAAAUUACAACCAGAGUGCGUUACCUGUAUGAUAAAAAACUUAGAGCAACCACAACUUCUGUAAAAUUGGACUACAAUUUCCAGAAAAUGUUCAAAGGAUUAAAGGACAGUCUGCAGUUCAACUCUAAACUUUUAAAGAAAACUCAAAAGAGUUUACAGAGAAUUGGUUUUGAUUCGAACUUGAAGUCAGCCAGAUUUGCUGAUUAUAACAACCAACUUAAACUGAAAAUUGACCAUCGUCCAAACUCUAAAGUAGAUGCAGAUCUUACUGUGGAUUAUGGGAAAACCUACAUGUCCAAAGUUAAUAAACACAGACUGUCAAUCUUAACUGCAACAAAAUACAACAUUAAUGAGAAGAAAGGAGCUGGAAUUAUCAACUAUAAUGUCACCUUUCAACUACCAGCUGAGAAACUGGAUUCAUACAUCAGUGGAACACAUAAAUACUCCAAAACUGAAGUAAAAUCAAACCUUCAUCUUCGAUAUGACAACAAAAAGUCAGCUGAUGUUUCCCUUAGUUUGAUGGAUCAGAGUAAAAAAUUAUUCAAAUAUAGUGGUGAUGUGGCUCUCAAAUUCACUGGACGUCAUAUCCAGUUGUCAGGGUCAGCAGUUGAAAAGGAGAAAGAAUACAAUACCAAAAUGAGCAUACAGCACCAAGAAGGUCAUACAUCAUCAUUUAGUGCAGCAUACUCUUUUCCUGAUAAUGAGAAACGUGAAAUUGCUUCAUCGCUGAACAUUGACCAGCAACCUCCAGUAACACUGUCCGGGUCUGCUGUAAUGAACAUAAGAAAACCUGAAGGCACAGUGAAGGUGAAAGUUGACAAGGACUUUUAUGUAGUAUCAGGACAGGGUACCUUUGAUGGGGACAGCUAUGUGACAGCACAAGGAAAGGUAGCAUAUCCAUCUCGUCAAAUUACAAUUGAUACUGAAGGGGGUUUGAAAAAAGAUGAAUAUUCUGGAAAAAUUGAUGUUAACUGGGAUGCAAGGAAUAAACGGGACCUUAAUAGAGUAGUUGUAGAAGGAUCCUUACGUAAUAAUACUGUUGAGGAUUUCACAGUUUCAUCAAGAAUCAUGUAUCCAGGUCGCGACUUAUCUGCCAGAAUUGACCAUAACUCAAAGGAUAAAUUAGACACAUCAGUAUCAGUAGGGUGGAACAAAGAUGAUGCUGUAUCAGCUGCUGUCAAAUUUGAUAAAGAUAUCAGAAAAUAUCGCCGUCACAUUGAGGGAUCAGUAUCAUUAACAACACCAUGGAAACAAAUGCAGGAAUUUAAAAUUGGUGGUAACCAUGCAGAAAAUAAUAAAAAAAUGGCAUACGGGGCAACUCUUACAUGGAACAAAGGCAAAACUAUUGCAUUCCAAUAUGAAUCAAAACUUCCAAUUGAUAAACUAGAUAUUGACAUGAAACUUAGCUUGAAAACACCACUGCCACGUAUCGGUAAUCCUACAUUAAAACUCCAGAGUACCAUAUCAGAUAAUUUGAUACAACAACAGGGAAAUAUAAAAGUCACUUGGGGAACUGAUCAGUUCUUUGAAUUAGAAACCAAUGGUGAUUCCAAUCAUGGAGAUAUUACAAGAAAACUGAACAGAAAUAUUGGUGUUUUGACCUCCUUUGAUGGUUAUAAGGUAAUAACUCUAAACUGGACUCAUUCUGAUAAUUUAGAGAAAUUCUUGUCUAAGGCAAUAUAUAUAAUUGAUGGUACCAAAUAUGAGUAUGUACUGAACAUGAAUCAUGUUAUGGAUGGGUGGAGCAUAGAGAACAAAGGAACUUUUGACAUUAUUUCACCAUUUGAUAGCCUUAAAAUAAAUUGGUCUCAUCUAAAUAAAGAUAAAGAUUUGGAAACAAUAAUUGAUACAAAAUGGAGUAAAGGACAAGAAUUCCAUGCCAAAGCUACAGCAAAUAUAGAAGAGUUUCCAAACCGAAAAUAUACUGCAAACUUAGAAAUGAGAAUUCCUUCAGCUGAAUUGAGCCAUUUGAUUGUUGGACUUGAACAUGAGGAUAAAAUAGGUUAUAUAAAAUCAAAAGGAAAAAUAAUUGCAAAUCGUGAAAACAUAGGGACUGUUACUCUGAACUUUGCCAAGCAGCUUGGAAGUACUGAUUUUGAUUUUAGAAUGAGUAGCAAAUACAUGAGAGAUUUUAUCAUUGAUGGUAAAACAAGACAUGCUCAUCUGCCAAUGACAGGAUUGUUGAAAAUACAGUGGGAACCCUUGAAGCGUAUAGUUUUGGAUGGUUCAAUUCAUUAUAAUAAUAUUGGUACCCUCGACAGUAAAUUGGAAGUAACAACACCUUUCCAACAAGCUCAACGAAUUAUCUUAACAGCAACACACAAAAUGGAUCGUCUGGACUGGGUUGCUGAAGCUGAAUUGGAGUUUGCACCUAUGAGAAAAGUCAGUGCUGCAGUCCGUUACAAUACCGGACUUGAAAAACUUGUCAGACUAGAAAUUACUACACCAUUCCCUCAAUUCCAAAAGUUGAGCACAGGUGCUUAUUUCAAGUUUAUAACACAGCCUAGCCAUUGGGAGAACAAAGUUGAUUUUGAAAUUGUACCUGUUGUUGGUCAAAUAAUGGCUGUAACAACCUGGCAGUAUAAUACUAAGACAAGAGGAACAUUCAGAUUAGAUACACCAUUCCAGCAAAUACCGUUCAUGUCUGCUGAGGUGGAUAGUGAGAUAGUUUUGGGAAGAACAAACUCCAAAUUACUUUUAGAAUAUUUACCAACUCAAAAAAUAGAACUUACAUCAACAUAUAAAUGGGAGAAGUCAAUUACAGACAUUGAUGACUUUGAUGGCUUCAUUUCUAUAAAAACACCAUUUAAUGAUGAUAUCAUUGCAAAGUAUCGUCAGAAAGAAUAUGUAAAAGAUAAAUUAGAAGGUUUCCAUAGACGUGUCCAACUCAAAUACAAACGUACUCAAAACAUUGUCAUUGAAACAACAUUAGGAACAAGACCAAAAAUAUUUGGAAUCAUAGAGGUCAAAAUGCCAGUCAGAGGAUAUGAAACAGUCAAACUUUCAGUUGGGCACAAAGGAACCACCUUGAAAGAUUUCCAUACAACCUUAGAUUAUGAAACCAAUGGAAAGAAAGUAGAACUUGAAGCACUGUUUGAUAUUGUGGGUGACAUCCAAGGUAAAUUAAUGCUAACUUCUCCAUUUGAAACUGUGAAGAUUGCUAAAGUUGAGUAUAGCCAUGUAGGAACUAGUACAAACUUUAAAACUCACGGUGAGACAGUUUUCAAUGAUAAUAAAGUUGAUUCAGAUGUAGUUUUUACACACAAUAAUCAACAGACAACUGGCAGCUUUACAUUUAGAGGUCCAGUGAAUGGAGCAGAUGAUGUGAUACUGUCAUUUAACAAAGAUGGAACAUGGAAGAAGUUUUCUUUCAAUGGAGAAGCGGGUUAUGAAAGUGGCAGUAAAUAUGUUGUUGUCUUAAAACAUAGCUUGGAAGGUAAGGAUGCUGCAACUGAUCUUGUUAUUCAGAAUCCCUUGACUGAGGACAUUAUUAUGAAGGUAUCAUAUGACGAUCGAAGAAAAGGAUUUACCACAAUAAUAGAGGGAUCUGUUGGUACUGAAAAUUCAGUUAAAAUGGUAACAACAUACAAGCUGAAAAACUUUGACCUUGACCUUGAUAUAUCUUUGAAGACAGUUAUUGCUGGUGAAACACAGGAAUCAAACUUAGUGAUUGAACAUAAAGGACAGCUAACAGAUUUCACAUUUAUGGGUAAAGUUAAAACCUCCUAUGCCAAUAUAGAUGAUAAAAUCAAGAUUGCAUUCAAAGGAUCUAAUAAGAUUGAUGAUAUUGAUGCAAAAUUCGAAAUUCAAGACACCUGGAAACCAAUAUCAAUUGUUACUAGAUUGAAAUCAUUCAGAAGAAAAGAUGGUAAAAUCAUUACAGAGUCACAAUAUAAUGACAAUAUCCUGAAAUCUGAGGUUAGUGCUGCUGAUGUUAGAGGUAAAUACACAGGCAAAAUCACAGUUGUAACAAAAAUUAAAGAUUACGAAUAUUUUGAGUUCGAAGUUGAUCACGUCAAUUAUGAGCGUACCGCUAAGAACACAAUUACAAUGAAACCUUUCACCUACAAACCAUUGGUCAUAGAAUCAGACAUUAAGUUCAUGGGAAUCACAAUGUUUGGAGCAGAUGUUAAACUAACCAGUGGUUUUAAAGGCCUAGAGAACAUUGAAGCUAAUCUGGUGCAUAAAGGCAACUAUGAAGAUUUUGAAAGCAGCCUUACAAUUAAAAAAGCAAACAUGGUUCCUAUCAAAUUGGAAGCGAGGUUAAAUGCUGUAAUUUUGUCUAACAUUGAUGGGUCAAUUAAAUUUACAAGUGGAAUAGAAGGAGCGGAAAUGGUUGAAGGGACCUUAAAACACACUGGAAGCAUAGAUGACUUUGCAUGUGAAGUUGUUGUAAAAAUACCAAAUAGAGUACCUGUUCAGUUCAAUGUUCAACUAUCCAAGAAUAUUCCAGGUGAACUGAUAGGAAAGGUAACUUUCACUAGUGACAUUGUUGGUGCUAAGAAUGUUGAAUUUUCAAUAGAACAGCUGUAUAAAAAUACCGAAUUUAAGCAAAGAAUUGUAAUAAGUCCUCCUAACAUAAAGCCUAUAACUAAUUAUAUCAGACUUUACAAAAAAGGAAAUGAAAUAGAAGCAGAAUAUCACUUUACUAGUGAUUUUGAGACCAUUAAAGAUGUUGAUUUUGAGAUGAUUAAAGACUUUAAGAUUACAAUGGCUCAUAAUGGUGACCCAAUGAACUUUGUCAAUACUCUGACUUUCUCUCAUCCAAAAAGUGGGGAACUGAAACUGAUAUCUAAAUUGAACAUCAAUGAUGACUACACAGACAUUACUGGUGAUGUUAAGAUUGAGAGUACUUUGAAAGGAGCAGAGAGACUUCAUCUCACUCUUACACAUGCUGGUGCCCCACAGAAUUUCCGUAACAAAAUCACCAUGCGUCCACCAUUUAAUGAUGAAAUGGAAUUGAGCACAUCUGCAACUUUCAAAAAUAGAGAAGCAUUGGACAUAAGCAUAGACUUUAGCAGUAAGAUACCAAAUGCCGAAAAUGUAGGAUUUUCCACAAGCAACAAGAUAAUUGAUGGAAUAAAGGGAGAAUCACUUACAGAAAUAAAACUUGAUAGUCUUAGAAAGAUCACCAUCGAUUUUGAUGGUAAAUUCCAAUUAGAUACUGAUAAUGCUGAACUGGGAUGUAAAUUUGACAUGAUAACUCCUUUUGAAAAAGUUAAAACUAUCAAUGCAGAAUAUUCAGCAUCCAUGAAAACUAAACGUAAUCUUGAUGAAGCAGUUAGUACCGGAAGAAAAGCACUUCUCUUUAGUCAUAAUGGGGUAAAGUAUUUUGACACACAGGGAACAUUUGAAACGAUUGAUGGAAAAUCAUUCAUUUAUGAUUUUAACAUGGAAGAGCCCAGACCAAUAGAAUUCAACUACAAUGUUCAGAUUGGAGAACCAUAUUCUGUCAAUGUGUAUACAAACUGGGACAAGAUGGACAUCAACAGCAAUAUCAAAAUUGAAAGUAAAUUUGAAAACAUGAAUGACUUUAAAAUCAAGGCAACUCACCCAACUCGUACUGUCAGUCUAGAGGGAGCUUUUAAAGGUGAACUUGAGAAAACUGCCAAACUUAUCAUUAACUGGGAUGAAGAUAAAAACCAGGCUGCUGGUAUUGAAACAAAAUGGCAGGACCAGAGACCAGGUCUGGACAUGAUUGAGGGUUCAGCCAGAGUAAUUACACCUUUUAGGUCAGUUGAGGCUUCUGGGUCUGUCAAUAAAGUGCUGGCAACACAGUCUAUUGAUGGUACAGUUCUAUGGGAUGCCGAUAGUGAUAGAACUAAGAAAGUUACAGUUAAUACAGAGAUGACACCAGACAGUAAUGGAUACAGUGGAAAAGUACAGCUGUUCUUACCAGUAUUUGGAAAGGAACUUACAUUCAGGAGACAACUAACUGAAAAUGAAGGAAACAUUAUACAUGAUGCUAAAACAGAAUUUUCAUACAGCAGUGACCCAUCAAAAACCAUUAUUUUUACCAGCAAACUUGAAGAUAUAUCUGAAGGUGGAUCAACCAACCACAGUUAUACAUUUGGUGUUGCGCAAGCAUUCACCAAAGUUGACACAUCCAUUACAACACAUCUAGGAAGAUCAGAUGACAAAGACUCAGUUGGUAUGUUGAUAAAGUAUCAAACUGCUGAACUUCAGAAAAAGAAUCUUCUUUUGAUGGCUGAGAUUGACAAACUGAACAAGAAACUGAUCUUACUGACUGUUGGUCCAAGGAAAACAAUUGGAAUUGUUGGACAAAUUAAGGGAGACAAUACAGUAACUGUCAAUAUCAGAGGUUUACAUGCUCUGGAAGAUAUUGUAGAAGCUGAUAUUAUCAUUGAUUCAAACAAAAAGGCCAUGGAGUUGCAGAUGAAAUAUGAUAGAGCAAACCCCAACAACAUGCUCCAUGUUGCUGCCAAGUAUCCAAGUAAAACCAACUUUGAGGCCCAGAUUUACAGAACUGGUGAUAAACCACAGAUAACAGAUAGUGUCAUCAAAGUUAAUUUGAGAACAACAAGAAUUCUUCACUCUAAACUUACAUGGAGACCAAGUCUUUUCAAAGACCUGAUGCAAUUUGGUGUUGAUACAAUUGAACAUUAUGGAAAAUCAGCCAAUACAGAGUUUAUUGCAACUGCCAAUGAUAUGGAAAAGGAGGUUUCUGCCAAAUUUGAUGCAAUCUCUGCUGAACUGGAAAAAGAACUUACACCAUAUAUCAACAGCAUGACAAGAUCACUACGUGUUGUCCAGAAACAACUGAAAAAGGCCAAAGAUCAAAUGGACAAGAUGUACAAAGCCAAUGAUAUGUAUGUUAAGGAUGUUACUGAUGGUAUUAGACAGAAAACAUCAUCUAUGAUGGAACUUUAUAGAAAGACAGUGACAGAAAUGAAGGAUGCAGUGAAUAAUUUGAGAAAGAAAUUGGAAGAAUUUAAAGAUUUGAAGACUUAUCCAUUUGAUGCUAAAUAUAAAGAAUUUGUUAACAAUGUAGCUUCCGGAAUGCAGUCAUUCAAGCAAGAAAUGGUUGACUUCUUAAAGACAGAAAUGGAUACUGUGACACAGAAAAUGAAAUCAACUGUAGAAACAUUCAGAAAAGACGUAAAGACACUGACUGAUAAAAUCACAAAGGAAGUGGCUGGUGUUCUUGACAAUGUCUUGGAGAAAGCUGAAAUUAAAGAAUUGAUGUCAUAUGUUGACGAUAUCUUGAAGAACCUGCCAGACUCUACUAACCUACCUGAGAUAGACUGGCAGUACUACAUCAACAAGAUCAAUAAGGCAAUCAAAUACAAACUGUCCAAGUUAGACCUUUCCAAAGCUUAUAAUGAAGUAGUAGAGACAACAAAGAAUGCUGUGAUGAACCAACUUGAACCAAUCAUGCAAGACGAAAAAGUCAAGGAAAUGAAAGAAUUGGCUGAUCAGUUGCAGAAAAAGAUAACAUGGGCCUACAAACAAUGGAACAUUGAGAGAACUAUAAAGGGUUACCUGAUUGAACUGUACAAUGAAUUCCAGACAUACAUCAAAGAGGAUAUUGCUAAUCUCAAAUUCCUUCACUGGGAUAAGAACAGAAUCAUUGCAUUUGAUCCUGAGAAUGGAAAUGUUGAAUUUGAAAUAUAUCUGCCAACUCCAGCUGACACUUUAGAAAGUCUACCUAGGUUCAACUUUCACAAAUAUGUUGGUAGAUUUGAUAGGGCCAUUAAGAAGAUAGACAACUUAGAUUUGCCAAAAAUGUUUGACUUUAGUUUCUGGGACUUCUACUACAAAUAUAAACCUUCAUGGAAUCCAAGAGACUGGGUGCCUCCUUUUGACACCUUUGCCUUGGUAGCAGGAGACCAACAUUUCAUUACUUUUGACCAGAGACAGAUUGACUUUGGUGGACGCUGUAGUUACAUUCUGGCCAAAGACAUGGUAGACAACCAGUUCACAGUGAUAAUGAACUAUAAUGGUAAAAGAAGACCAGGAAUGAAGUCUUUAUUAGUAUUGGCUGAAGGAAAGUCUGUAGAAAUUGCUCCAGAUUUCUCUGUUAAACUUGACAACAGACCAACAGAACUACCCAUAAAAUAUCAAAAAUUGAGUGUAAUAAGAGAUGGAAAUCUUAUACAAGUUAACACUGGACGAGGACUAGUCAUCAGUGGGAACCUUGCCAACCAGCACAUUGCUUUUGUGCUAAGUGGAUGGUAUUUUGGAAAAGUGGGUGGAAUGCUAGGUAGCUAUGACAACGAACAAUAUGAUGACAUGAUUGACAGAGAUGGACAGGUUUCAAAUGAUGUUAAUGUUAUGGCUCAAACAUGGGAAGUUGGAAACAGAUGUAGGAAUCCAGCCAAUAUUAUAUCAGAAGUCAGAAUUGAAGAAGGACAAAAGGGUUUUAUGAAAUGCUCAAAGUUGUUUGUAAAUUCUGAUUCCACUCUCAGACCUUGUUUCAGAGUUGUUGAACCAGCUUACUUUAUGAAAGUAUGCAUGGCAGAGAUGCAGACAUCAAAGGGAGAUGGUUGUAAUGCAGUGUCUGCUUAUGUCAAACUGUGUCGUCAGAAUGAUGUAAUGUUGUGGGAGCCUAAAACUUGCAUAACUUGUGAAACACCAAACAAGGAGAUGUAUGAAAGUGGAGAAUCAAUUAAACUUUCCCCAUCCAGUGAUGACUACCAUGUACAGAAGUCAGCAGAUGUUGUCAUGGUUGUAGAACAAGUCAACUGCAAUUCUAACCCUGCCAGCCAUCUUGGUGACUUAGUUGACAAGCUUGAACAAGCUUUCGCAAAGAAUGGAAUUAAGGACAAUAGAUAUGGUUUGAUUGGCUUCGGUGGUACACCAAGAUCUGCUUUUGGUCGCAAGUCUGCUUCAUCAACUCAUACUUUCGAAGGUAGCAUUUUCAGCGAAUCAAAUAAUUUUGCCAAAGGAAAAGAGACACUGAAAUUCAGCUAUCAUUUCACUGACCCAAUGGAAGCCAUUAUGACUGCAGCUGACAUGCCAUUCAGAACAGGAGUUUCCAAGACCAUUGUCCUUCUCCACUGUGGGGAAUGUUCUGAUUCUAAGAAUGUCAAUUACAACUAUCUGAAAAAUGUCCUGUUAAAUAGAGGAAUAACUCUACAUAUAAUCAGAGAUGAGGACAUUAGACUACAAGGAAACAGCAGUCCAAAAAAUGUUAUAAUGGGUUUUGAUAGUACAAAGAAAUAUAUGAUGAAGCCAAUGAAAGAUACCACAUCUAAUGAUAUCCAGAAACCAGAAGAUUCUUGUGUUUCAUUGUCCAUGAAGACAGAUGGUUCAGUGUUUCACUCUGAAGGAUUAACUAGCUCUAAGAUUCGUGACAGGAAGUGGUUUCUGAACACUGUUAGUAAACGUAUAAGUGAGACAGCAGUACCAGAUGAUUGCCAAGUCUGUCAAUGUGUGGCUGAUCAUACUGGAAUGGCCAAAUCUGUCUGUAGAACAUGCUAUACAAGUGUUUCAGACUAUUUACCAAAAUGGUGGAGCACAUGGAAACAUCCCUCAAAGAUUCAAAACCAGUUUGAUAAAAACUUUAAGGAAUAUUUUGGAGAUGACACAUGGAAAAUCCUGAGCAACUGAAGCUUUUACCUGCCAGAAACAGUAUGAAAAUUAAAAAAAAACUAUUUGUGAAUAUAUGUGUUUUGCUAUGUAAAUUAAUCAAUCUGAAUUUUGGAUUAUUUUUGUAUCAGUAUUAUAAACAUUUGUAGGAAACAUUUAAAAAAAAUAAAAAAUUUUGAACAUGAUGUCACUAUAAUUAUUCUUUAAAGAUUCUUAAACCUUGUAUAUUGUAGACAAAAGAAUAAAUGUGUGUUUUAAAAAAAAAAUAUGUGUAUUUGAUGUAAACAGAACUAUAUGAAAAAUAAUUUAUAUAUAGUAUUUUUUUCAUUGAUGAAUAGACUAGAAUUAAUUUCUGACAUUCCAAAAAUAAAUAUUUUCCAUUUCAAAUUUUAAGACUUGAGCAGUUUUAUAUUUAUAUUAGGAUACGUUUUACUACAGGAACAUCAACUAAGAUAGGGAUAUCAAGAUUAAAAAUCAUUGAAUGUUAAAUAGACUGUCCAUACAUGUUUCAAACAGUCCCUAAGAAAUUUUCCUGAGAAUAUUUGAAGAAAUAAUUUUUCUUUACCUGUCUGCCUUUAUUAGGCAAGUAUAAAACAUGAAAUUGCUCAAUCAAUAUAUAUACUCAUUUUAAUCAUCUAAAUACUCACUUCAUGUGAUAUGUUAUUUUACAAAUUAUUACUUGUACUUAGAAAAAAAUGUAUUCUCCUUUAAAUAAUUUUUGUUUUAUUUUGCUGUUUAGAAUUGGUAUAAUGAGCCAUUGAUUUGUGUGUCUUCGUUUUAAUCUUGUAUAUAGUUAAGAUUUAUUUAUUAUGCAUUUCAGUUAAUAAAAUUUGUGAAAAGUGA